GAUCAAUACAUGUCCUGUACAAUCUGAACUGUACUCCUCUACUCUGUUUCUGCAAGGAUCUUCGACUCCUUCAGGAGCACUGGAUGGCUGAUCUCAAAGCUCCCUCUGGUGACCUAUAUGAAGAAUGUAGAAAUGCUCUUCCUGGUUUGUCUGUGGAGCAAACUAAACAGAUCGAGGCUGCGAUCAAAGCUGGAAACUUCUCAGGAGCAGCAUCUGUGGUGCAGAAGUUUAAUUUUUCAGACUCUGAGUUCAAUAUUGCCAUCAUGGGCAAGUCAGGUUCUGGAAGAUCAUCGUUGGUCAAUGCCAUCCUGGGUUUGGGAGAGGAAGAUGAAGGUGCUGCUGAAGCCGGUGUGCUGGAAGUGACCAAAGAACCAGUACCAUAUUGGCAUCCUACGUGCCCCACGGUGAUAGUCUGGGACCUGCCAGCAGUUGGGUCCCCAGUCUUUCAGCCAAGCACUUAUCUGAAACAAGUGAAGUUCAGUUGCUAUGACGUCUUCAUCAUCAUCGCUUCAGAGAGGAGAAGAAACUGCCAUAGCGCGCUGGCCCAGGAGAUCCACCGGCUGGGGAAGAAAUGUUACUUUGUGCGCUCCAAAGUGGACUUGGACUUAUACAAUGAAAAACACAAAAGGAGAUUUAAUGAGGAGAAAAUACUGCGGAAAAUCAGAGAGGACUGUGUCAAGAACCUGCGAAAGGAAGGGAUGAGCUCCCCACAGGUUUUCCUCGUCUCGAGUAGGGAAUUUCAGAAAUACGAUUCCCCGCAGCUGCAGAAGACUUUGCUAAAGGAGCUUUACAGCCACAAGACAGAGAUGGUCGGGACCACUGAAGCCUCCGGGAGCAGUGGAGUGGCAGAACAUUCAAAAUCUCACUGGGCAAAUUUGUUUUUGAAAUGGGGCAGCAAACUGCCUGGUCUGGCUGAGGAGGAAACUCAAGAGUUCCAGAAAGCUGCCAAAACUGGGAACCUCUCAAAAGCCCUUGCUGUGGUGAAGAAGUCCGACGAGUUGCUAAGAAAUACCAAACUCAACAUCGCUGUCACAGGGAACGCGGGCACUGGGAAGUCGUCUUUCGUCAAUGCCAUCAGGGGCCUGACUGACAAUGACAAAAGUGCAGCUUGGACUGGGACGAUGGAUGCAACAAAAAAGCCAAUUCCUUAUGACCACCCCACACACCCAAAUGUGAUUGUGUGGGACCUGCCUGGGAUUGGAACGCCGGAUCAUCCAGCAGAAACAUACCUGAAGGACGUGAAUUUUGAUCAGUAUGAUUUCUUCAUCAUCAUGGUAGGGGGGCGCGUCACUGAACUUGACAUCAUGCUUGCCAAAGAGAUCCAGAGGUCGAGGAAAAAGUUUUACUUCAUCCGCUCCAAGGUGGACAUAGACUUGGUUAAUCAAAAAGAGAAACUGAAUUUCAGUGAACAGGAAACUCUUCAGAAAAUUAGAGACAACUGUCUGGAGAUGCUGAACAAACUAAAUGUGAGCACCCCACGGAUUUUUAUCGUGUCAAGUCGGCAUUUUGAUAAGUACGAUUCUCCCCAACUGCAGGAGGCUUUGGCAAAUGACCUGGACACUCACAAGAGGCACAUUCUCCUUUGUGCCCUACCCAGCACCUCUGAAGAAAUCUUGAUAGAGAAACUGAAGACCCUGCAGGAACAGAUCUGGAAACAAGCCCUGAAGUCCUGCACUAUCGCUGCUGUUCCGGUGCCGGGUCUCUUGGUUCGGUGUGAAGUCAACAUCUUGGUGGAGAACAUGGCCGAGUACUGCAAGGCCUUUGGCCUGGAUGACGACUCCCUCUCGUCACUCGCUAAGCAGGCGGGGAAGUCUGUUCAUGAGCUGAAAUCCGUGAUACAGUCUGCAAUGGUCAAAGACGUAACAAGAGAGGAGGCUCGUAGACGGCUCAAGGAGGCCACAGGGAAACGUAUGACGGCAGCUAAAUAUCUUAUCAUCGUGGUACCACUGAUUGGUACCGGGAUAAUGGCAAAGAGAUCUUACAACAUCACAUAUGAAAUGCUACAGACGUUUUUGGAUGAAGUUGUACAAGAUGCUCAACGAGUCCUGAGAAAAGCUUUUGGAGGAGCAGAGAGGAUCCAGUAACAAUGUUACAUGGCAGAGCUUGUCCCCGGCAUCCCAGGGUAACACUGCCACACCCCUAGCAUCUUCUCUGCAAUUGUAGUGUCUCAGACCCAAGCAAGCCAACAAACCAUUUUCAGCCGGCAUGUCCAGUGCCAGUUCUCACUGUUUCCCCUUCCAGGGAUCUCGGGAAGUUCUGCUGCUCCUGCCUCUCUCAGUCAGUCCUUCCUUAGUGGGUCUUUCUAGGGUCUGUCUACACUGUACAUUAAGCCUGGGCUCUGACUUAGAUUUGAAUCCAAGCCCUGCUUCCUUCCACAGCCAGAUCAGUCUGACUCGGGCCAAUGAGCUCGUAGGUCUAGGGCCAAGAAUUCUGGUGGGGACAGGUUAGAGCCCCAAGGCCACGUGACGUAAGGCCACGCCCUGUCAUUCUGCAGCGUGGACACAACUGGGGCACCUUAAACACUAGGGCUGUGUCUAGACUGGCAUGAU